UGUAAUAUUUCGCAAGGUCCUUUUCCGCCUUCGGUUACGCAAAGUAGCCCGGAGUUUGUCCGGUUUUAUUGCCAAAAAUGGCUUUAAAAUCAACCGGAACUCUAUUGUACCGUCUAGUCAGGGUGUCUAAGUGUUCUUUUUAUCAACAAUGUCAAGACGUGACUAGAAAACACUUAUUCGCAUCAUUGACGUGUUCUUCUGUGGCAAAGGUUUGCUUCCCAAGGCAGGCUACAACGCGUUUAUUUUCUUCACAAGCUGAAUCUACGACAGAGGAUGAGAGGCUCUAUUCCUUGAUUAGUGUCAAGGUCAAGGGUAGUGAUGAGGCAGUGUUGAAGAGCUACACACAUUUUGUCACAAGAGCUGCUAACUUACUUAACAUAGACAUCUCUGGAAGAAUUGUUUUACCAACAAGAAAAGAGAGAUACACUCUUCUCAAGUCGCCACACAUUUACAAGAAACACAGAGCACAAUACGAGAUCAGAACCCAUGGCCGAAUGCUCCAGCUGAAAAACCUAACUUGCAACACAGCAGAUGUGUUCUUGGAGUACAUCCAGCGCAACCUCCCGGAAGGUGUGAGCAUGAGCGUGGAACAGACUGCACUAGAGCCCAUGCCUGAAUACUUGCAACCACCACAAGCUGCUCUGGAUUUCCUUAAAUCACAACAACAGAACACAGCUACAGAAACACAAACCUCGACAUGAAAACAGCUACAGCAAUGGAAGCAGAAGUCAUAGAAAUGACAAUCUACAGUAGGAACUUCCACAGGAUGAUAAUGGAACCGAACAACAACAAUGGAAAAGAAGGCUGUUUACCAUGGAACUUUUAAAAAUAACUCAACAGAAAUACGGCCAUGGGUUGUGACUUCAGCCACAAACAAGAAGAACGAAUUUACAACUGUGAGCAGGAAUUGGCACACAACUACAGUAUAAUGGAACAGAACAGCAAUGGAAGGGAAGAAUGUGGUGCCACCAUUGCACUGGUUUAAGAAACAAUAAGGUACAUUAACAUUUGGCUUUGAUGCCUCUGUAUAAAAAAAAUAUGUAAAAUGGGAAGAACUGUUUAUAGAUUAGGAUAUGUCUUUUAUUGAACUUCUAAGGACCAUAACUAUUAUGAGCUACUUUUGCUGUUUUCAAGAGAUGUUAUUUAUGUUAAUAAAAUUAUUCUUACAUUCCAA